AUGGAUGAUCCACCUCGUCAUUCGAAAUGCCAGAAGCUGAUUGCUGUGUUGAUUCUCUUCUUCAUCAAUCUACUCAACUAUGCUGAUCGAUAUACAAUUGCAGGUGUUCUCACCGACAUUCAACGCUUUUAUAAAAUCGACAAUGGUGAUGGAGGAUUGCUUCAAACGGUUUUUAUCGUCUCUUUCAUGUUGUUCAGUCCAAUAUUUGGAUACUUAGGAGAUAGAUACACACGUAAAUGGAUUAUGGUCGUCGGAAUAUUAGUAUGGGUUCUUGCUGUGUUCGCAUCAACAUUUGUGGCUAAAGAGUACUUUUGGCUGUUUCUCCUUCUGCGAGGUGUUGUCGGAAUCGGUGAAGCCUCGUAUGCGGUCGUUUCUCCUACAAUUAUUGGUGAUAUGUACGUUGGAAAAGCUCGUUCGUGGAUGUUGAUGUUGUUCUAUAUGGCGAUCCCAUUUGGAAGUGGAAUUGGUUACAUGGUUGGAUCACAAUUGGCAAGACAACUGGGAGGAUGGCAAUGGGGAAUGAGAUUAACACCGUUAUUUGGCGUGGCUUCUGUUAUUCUGAUUGUAUUAUUUGUAUUUGAACCAGAACGAGGACUUAAUGAAUCAUCGAAUUCUACACGCAAAGAAGACAUGAAGAAUGCAUCUUUGAAGGUAAAAAUCAAGACGUACUUUUGUGAUCUAUGGGCCCUCAUGAAAAAUUACACCUACAUUUUCUCGACAAUUGCCUACACAUGCAUUGUUUUUGUGACUGGCACACUUUCAUGGUGGGUUCCUACAGCAAUUCAACAUGCCAAAGCUCACGAAAUGAAGCUCAAUUCUACAAGUCUUCUGGAUGAAAAGGAUAAAGGGAAUAUUGCUAUCUACUUUGGAAUCGUCACAAUUGCUGGUGGAAUCGUUGGAGUAAUUAUGGGUUCCGCUUUGUCAACGUUGCUGCGUAGUGGAAAGUUGUGCUUCAAAUGUUGUCAAACAAAACGAUCCGAUCCAAUUAUUUGUGCUCUUGGAGCGCUGAUCGCAACUCCAUUUCUUUUUGGUGGAUUACAUCUAAUCAAAGUGUCAGUCGAGGCUAGCUACGCCUUCAUGUUCGUUGCUAUUACCGGACUUUGCUUCAAUUGGGCCAUCAAUGUCGAUCUGCAAAUGACGAUUAUUGUUCCAUGGAGACGUAAUUCAGCAAAUGCAUGGCAAAUUCUGAUUUCACAUUUGUUCGGUGAUGCAUCUGGACCAUAUCUCGUUGGAUUGCUUUCUGAUCGAAUGAGAUUGAGCGACUCUCCAGGAGAUUCAUUUGAUGCUUUGUUAUACGCUUUUUAUAUUCCUUCUGCACUUUGUGGAGUUUCGGCAUUGUUCUUUAUAAUUGCUGCGACUACAGUAUUAAGAGAUCAAGCAAUAUUCCGCGUUGAAAUUGGUAUUCAUGAUGGAAUUUCACCGAAAAAAGAUGUCGAAACAAAAGGAAAUGCAAAUAAUAAUUACGAAUUGGAAGAGGCCGCUUAUGAAAAUAAGGGCUUCAAAGCAAGUGAAAUU